AGCACGCGCACGCACGCACGCGGUCACACAGAGCCGGAGGGAAUCCCGUUCCUUGCCUCCGCUCGCGGCUCGGAGGCGAGCCGCGAGCGUCCCCGUACCACCACAGCACCCGCGCCGGCGCCGCGCCGCGCCGUAUUGUGUUUUCUGCGCCGCUCGCAGCGAGAGAUUCGCCUUCGGGGGAGGUUCCAAGCUCCAAUGAAGAACAGCCUCGAGAAAAAUAACAUGCUGAAAGAGUUCUACAUUCCAACUUAUAUAUUUGUUCUGGAGUCUCCAGCAGAGAAAGUAUCUCAGAUACCUAGUUGUCCAGUGAUUGUUUUUAUCAACACCAAAAGUGGUGGCCAACUGGGACAUGAUUUAAUUGUCACGUACCGUAAGCUCCUCAACCAUUCUCAGGUGUUUGAUCUGCUUGAAGAAGCUCCAGACAAGAUCUUGCACAAACUGUAUGGAAACCUGGAAAGGCUAAAGCGUGAUGGAGAUACUUUUGCUGCUGAAAUCCACAGAAGAUUGAGGCUAAUAGUUGCUGGAGGUGAUGGGACAGCAGGUUGGCUGCUUGGAGUUGUUUCUGAUCUUAAGCUAGUACAUCCACCUCCUGUUGCUACAGUUCCUCUGGGGACUGGAAAUAACUUACCAUAUUCUUUUGGAUGGGGGAAGAGAAAUCCUGGAACAGAUCAAAAGUCAGUUCUAUCAUUUCUGCAGUUAGUAAGAGAAGCGAAAGAGAUGAAAAUUGAUAGUUGGCAUAUUGUCAUGAAAAUGGAAAGCCCAAAAGGUUCGACAUGUGAUCCAAUUGCUCCUUUGGACUUGCCUCAUUCUCUGCAUGCAUUUCAUCGUGUGCCAAACAAUCCGCAAGAUAAGGAAUAUUCUUGCACGUUUCGUGGGGGAUUCUGGAAUUACUUCAGUAUGGGAAUGGAUGCCCAGGUGUCAUAUGACUUCCAUUCUGAGAGGAAAUUGCAUCCAGAAAAAUUCAAAAACCAGUUGUCUAAUCAGAAAACAUAUUUGAAGUUGGCAUGCACGCAAGGAUGGUUCUGUGCAUCUCUAUGUCAUCCAAUGUCACGGAACAUUGCUCACCUUGCAAAAGUAAAGAUAAUGAAGAAAUCUGGAAAAUGGGAAACAUUGGAAAUUCCACAGAGUAUCCGGUCCAUUGUUUGUCUGAAUCUACCCAGCUUCUCUGGCGGCUUGAAUCCCUGGGGAACACCAAGUGAGAGAAAGCAAAGAAAAAGGGAUUUGGUAAUGCCUCCACUUGUCGAUGAUGGUCUUCUGGAGAUUGUGGGUUUUAAAGAUGCUUGGCAUGGACUUGUCUUGCUAUCUCCAAAAGGCCAUGGUACUCGUCUUGCUCAGGCUCACCGCGUCCAAUUCAAAUUCCACAAAGGUGCGACCGACCAUGCUUACAUGAGACUUGAUGGGGAACCCUGGAAGCAGCCUCUUCCGGAGGAUGAUGGCAAGGUCUUAGUGGAGAUCUCACACGCCGGACAGGUGAAGAUGCUUGCCACCAAGAACUGCAUAGCUAAAGGCGUCCAUGAGGCCCCGGCUACGUCAACGGUCCACCCAGAGUCCAGCUCCUCCAGCGACGAUACAGAUGACGACUUCGAGGAGGAGAGGAGGAACUUUGGCGCUGCCUUGUCGUUUCGGUAUUUGGACGAUGCGACAAAGGUCUGAAGGGAGUAAAAGCUCGCUUUUCGACUGAAUUUUGUACAGCAUGUUUGCAUAGGACGUAGAUUGCUGCACUAACUCUGGAAGGUGCCCAUCUAACAUCCUUUCUGUAACGAGGUUGCGUAUGUAUGGCUGUUUGUUGUGCGCCGUACACAGCCAACUGGGGUACUGACUAUCUUGUACCAUACCAUGAGCAUUUUUCCAAUCCAGUUUUUCUUCUGCAGCAACA